UAGGUAAGAAAGAGGUGUAGUAGUGAGGUAUCCUGAGACACCAGACAAACCAUAACACGUGUAGUUGGAGUGAUUGUCUUGGUCACUCAUCACUGUUAAUGGCUUGGGCUCUGUUACUGUUGGUAUGGAUUGAAAAAAAUGAUCAAAAGUCUUGUAGGUUCGGCGGUACCUCAAGUGUGAAGGUACCUGAAGAAGAUACUCCUGAUGGUACAUUACAGUGUAUAUAUGGACGACACUCCGCUGACUGCAUCUCUGCCAUCUGUCUACAUGUGUUAGAUUUGGUUGUAUAAUUGUAAAUAUUUUCAUGUGAAUGAUGGAAAGUUAUAUUCAUAAUUGAGAGUAUUUCAUAGUGAGUUGUUGAGUGACUUAUAACCCUAACUUGUGAAAAUAUUUUCAGGAAUUAGAGUGUGUCUCAUGUACGAUGCAAUGGUUUAGAAAAAAUAGAUGGGAAAUAUAAUUUCUAGGUAAACAAAUGGUAGCUAACUAUUAGCCCGACAAAAAAUACCGAUCAACGGUCAGACUGUAUUUCAUCGAGUGUCAUUUAGAAGUGUAUUACAGAGUGAACACAUAAAUUGAUUUAUUUUCACAUAACAGGGAAAAAUUAUACAGGUAUUAAUGUAUAUAAAAAAGAUGGUAAAAUUCUUGCCUUAAUGUUGUUUGAUAAUGAUAACUUAAUUAUUACCAAAGACACGAAGAAAAAUAAAAAGAAGUCAAAAAGAACUUUAAAUGAACACCAAGACAAUGGACAGGCUUUGAACACCAUGAGUGAACUUGCAGAAAACACACUAAAGAAGAAAAAGAAGAAACGUAAGAUAAAUUCAUUUGACAAUGAAAGAAUUGAAAAUAAUGAUAGUAGUAUGUUUCACCUUGAGAAUGAGCAGUCUGGUAGCUUUGAGUUGGAGUUUACGGAAAGCCUUGAUGUUCACGUUCGCAAAAAUAAAUCAAAGAAGCGCAAGAGGACAAUUUUUCCAGGUACUGGUGGUCAGGUAUGCCAUGAUGCCAGUUGCCAUGACGAUGACAUGAAGCCAAAGAAACAAAAAUUGGGGCCGUCUUUGUCACUUGAGAAUGAAUUGGACAAUCCUGACUUUGGAAACAAAAUAAAAUAUAAGAAAGCAAAAGGUUCGUGGAGUUUAUCUGAUGUGGAUGUCAAAGCUGGUAUAGAUGUUGAUGUUACUAUGGACGUUGAUACCACGAAACACGAUGUAACUCACAGCUUCAAGAAAUGCAAAAAAUCCAAAAACAUUCUUGAGGUAUCUUGUACCGAAGAGAAAAAUACUGCACAGGCAAGUGACGAUCGUGAUGCUGAGGACACAACACACACCUUGAUAUUUACGUCUCAAUUUGAUGACAAUGACAACACCAUCAAUAAUAAUAAUAAAAAGAAGAAAAGUAAAAAGAAAGUAAAACAAGAUCUUGAUUCAUCACUUGAUGCUCAUGGUUGGGAUACAACUCACUCCAUUGAUGGUCAAAAUGAUGAUAAAGACAAAAUUAUUAAGAAGAAAAGUAAAAAGAAAGUAAAACAAGAUCUUGAUUCAUCACUUGAUGCUCAUGGUUGGGAUACAACUCACUCCAUUGAUGGUCAAAAUGAUGAUAAAGACAAAAUUAUUAAGAAGAAAAGUAAAAAGAAAGAAAAACAAGAUCUUGAUUCAUCACUUGAUGCUCAUGGUUGGGAUACAACUCACUCCAUUAAUGGUCAAAAUGAUGAUAAAGACAAAAUUAUUAAGAAGAAAAGUAAAAAGAAAGAAAAAACAAGAUCUUGA